AUGGCUGAGUUAUUGGACCACGAUUGCAAUAUCAUCGCAGAUCAUCCUUUUAACAUGUCACUCUAUCAGCUACAUGAUCUCCUUCAAAAGGCAGAACCAGACUUCUCCAUGCUCUACAAAGGGGAGGAUGCAGCCUACAGCCUUCGCUCGCGAAUGAGUAACGGGGAUGUAGCGUCUGAUCUAGCACGCUUAUUUGAGCGUCUCUGA